UGGACCAUACAUCAGCUCGCUCCACAUAGACGAUCUUUGUGUAACGCCGCCUUGACGCGUCACCAGUGAGCGUGAGGGAAGUUUCCGACCUUCGUGUGUUUAGUUUGAAUCGAGCUCAAUAUUUGAAAUGCAGAGUUAGUGUUUUCCAGAAACCAUGUCUCUGCUGCAGAGAAACUCCGGCUCAACAUGCAGUGGAGGAGACACGUCACAGGAUGCGCCUUCUGCUUCGUCUUCGUUUUAUCCAACUUCACUAAUAAGUUCGUCCUGUCCGUGUUGAACUUCACCUACCCGACCUUGUUCCAGGGAUGGCAGACGUUGAUCGGCGCCGUCCUCCUCCUGCUCUUUGCAAAGCUGGGGUGGGUGGAAAUCAGCCGCAUCACCAGGUCAGCAGCUCUGUCCUGGCUCCCGGCCUCGCUCCUGUUUGUAGGGAACAUUUACGCUGGAUCCAAAGCUCUAUCGCGUAUAGUACGUCAUAACUGCACGGGGUCCCUCACGCCAGAUACAGACAGCUUCAUGUCAACGGGUGGUGUCUCUCCUCUCGCUGCAGGACAUUCCUUUCUUCUUCACUCUUCAGAAUUCCUCUCACGUGGUCAGUUACGUUAUGCUGAAGGUGGUGCAGAGAGGGAAGACCCAGUGGCUCAAGCUGACCAGGUUCGUAGCUUCUCCUCAUUAUUGAGGAUUGUGAUGUGGUUUCACACAUGCUUUGCUCUCAUCACCAGCAGGUGUGUUUGCCUCAUGCUGGUUUCAGCCGCCAACCUCCUCUACUCUGACCCUCAGCUGGACCACAGCGGCUCCAUGUGGGCUGUGUUUCAUCUGGUUUGUGUUGGUGCCUACAGGGUGUUUCAGGUCCAUCACAGGUCCAGCACGUUGAGUGACCUUGAACAGCAGUGCAUCAACUACGUGUUCAGCGUGCUGCUGCUGGCUGCGGCCGCUCACCCGACAGGGGAUCUGGUGGGCGUCCUGGAGUUCCCCUCCCUCCAGUCUCACAUAUUUCACUGUGGAUGCGCUGCCAGCGCCGCGCUGGGCUUCCUCCUGCUGUUGGCCACCGUGAAGCUGAAGACUGGACCGUCCCUCGAGCACGUCGGCAUCUGGAUGUUUUUCUCUAAGGUGAUUUCUAAUUUUCUUUCAAAGUUCUCACUAAAGACGGUUGAACUAAGGGUAUUUUACAUUGCUUUCUCUCAGGUGACUGCCAUUUGUCUUUCACCUUUCAUUUUCAACAUGGACAUUAAUGCUGCUUCUCUCAUAUGCGUGGUCAUCAGUCACGCUGGCGAGGCCCUGCUCAUGUAUUCUGAGAGAGAAUCUCCUUAGCGACCAGGAAGCUGCAGCUCUCAACUUGCACUUAUUAACAAAAACUAUUUUUCUAACUUUUCUAUGCAUGCUCUCAACCUGCCAACCAAAUAAAAGCCUCCAUCCUUA